AUGGUUCAUCUCAAGGAGAUUCAUCUUUCGGUAAUCGCUUCCUCAUCCGACGUCGUCUUUAUCUUAAAUCGCCUAUUUACUUUGCUAACAAGUUCUAUCAAACGCUUUAUUCGAGCUACAACCGAUGUUGAUCAAUUCCAAUCACAACUCAAGCUUCAUAGUAAUUGGACAAGCUCACAAUUGAAAGCCAAAUUCGGCCUUUAUCAUCAUACUGUUAAUAAUUUUAAUGCCAAACAUGUUGUUGUCAUUACUUGGACCGAUAUGGUACCUUAUCCUGCCAGCUAUUACGCUGUACAAGGUAAAGAUACAGCUGACGGCUACCAAGAAGCGGAAAAUCAAGCAGAAAAUUUCCCACCUGUUAUUACUGGACCUACUACAUUAAAUGUUACCUUUGGAGAAGUCUACACUACAGCAUUAAGCGUGUCUGAUCCUAAUACUGGCGAUACUGUGACUGUUACUGCAGACAGCGCUCCUCUAGGCGCAUCAUUUAAUCCUACAACUUAUCAAUUUACUUGGAAUGUUAGUACUUACACCAAUAUUAGCAUCCAAAUCGUGGCCAAAGAUUCUAAGAACGCAGCCAGUAUCUACAGUCCUGCACAAAUUAUCAUGUGCUAUUGCGCUAACGGUGGUACUUGUGACUACACUGGAGAAACCAUAGAAGAUGGUAGCGUAUCUCAGGUCCCAUGUAUUUGUUCGGAUGGAUGGACCGGAGAUCAUUGCACUGUCGACUUUGAUAGCUGUGCUAAUUUCCCAUGUUACGAGAAUGUAACUUGUACAGAUAAUGUAGCUCCAUUAACCGGUUAUACAUGCGGCAGUUGCCCACAAGGUUAUACAGGAGAUGGUAUAUUGUGCUCUGAUUUCGAUGAAUGCGCUAGUUCAGCCACAAACAACUGUCAACAAGUCUGUGUCAACACCAUCGGAGGCUAUACCUGCGAUUGUCAAUCUGGUUAUCAAUUAAACGCUGAUGGAAAGACUUGCUUAGAUAUUGAUGAGUGCUUCAAGAACUCACAGAUCUGUGGCCAAAAUUGUACCAAUACCAAUGGCAGUUAUUUUUGUUCGUGUAAUUCUGGAUUUUACCUCAACAGUGAUAAUAAAACCUGCAUAGCGGCAACCUCCUGUAGUAGCAAUAAUAACUGUUCUGAGUCCUGUACUCUUAUCAACGGAAAAGUUCAAUGUGCGUGUAAGAAUGGAUAUGUAUUGCAGCCCGAUGGCGUAAGUUGCAAAGAUCUUGAUGAAUGCGCAGAUCAGACUGAUACAUGUCAAAUGUUAUGUAAUAAUACUCUCGGCGGAUAUCAAUGCAGAUGCUCAAUCGGAUAUUCACUUAACAUAGACGGAAAAACAUGCUCUGAUAUAAAUGAAUGUGGUACAUCCUAUCCUUGUCAUUCCAAUGCCAACUGUCAAAAUACACCUGGAUCUUAUAUAUGUUCAUGCAAUUCCGGUUAUACAGGAAAUGGCAAAACUUGUACCGAAGAGACUGCUUACGAACUUACUAUUACAAUUGAUGCGCCAUUUAAUGCUCUUAUGAACGAUAAAAACAGCACCGCUUAUAAAAAUGAAGUAUCUAAAUUACAUACUGCUAUUUCAUCAGCAUAUCAAAACGAUUCACGAACCUCGAACGAAGUCAAAGUCGUUACUAUUACUAAUCUUACUAAUCUUAGGCUAGGCGGUAUUGUUGUUGACUGUAUCCUUACAGUCUUAAAGAAUUACACUCAAGGAACAGCCUUGUUGAAGAAUAUUAUCCAGACAGGAGCUAUUAGCAGCUAUGUAGUGCAAAGUGUUAAUGUCACUGUAAAUAAUGAUGUAGAACGUAAGCGUUAA